AAAGUACUAGGAGUAAAAGUUAAGUUAGGAUUCUGUUUUGCUUUGCACUUUUGUUCUUCCGCCGCCGCCGCCGCCGCCGCCCACCGCCACGACGAGCACCGUUCUCACGGCCUCAACAAAAUCCGGCGGUGACUAAUUGAUUUCUUCGGAACGCCACACUCCGUCGUUCUUUUCCGCGCCGCACUUCAUCAUCCCUACUUUUUUAACCCUCUCUUCAUCCUUCUUCUCAGUCAAUUUAGGUAUGAAUCGGGCGGUUGUUGCAGCCGGCAAGAGGAAGAGAGCUAGUGAACCAUCUCUAACAAGAGAUGAGCAGCAGAUCCUUGAUUUGAUCCUCAGCAAAGAGGGUGCCGGCAUCCAGCCGAGAGAGAUCAAAUAUCAGCUUAAGAUCCCUGACCCUGUCAUCACCAAAGCAAACAAAACCCUCCUGGCUAAAAAUUUGAUUAAAGAGGUGAAAGGCAUUCAACGAGGGGGUGCAGCAAGGAAAAUCUUCAUGGGAUUCAACUUCACCCCCUCUGACGUAGUUAGUGGGGGCAUCUGGUACGAGGAUGGGAAGAUCGACACUGAAUUUGUUAAUGGUCUUAAAAUGCUCUGCCUUUCGAUGGUGAGGAAGAGCAAGGUUGCUACCCUGGAUGGGCUCCACAAGUUCGUGAAAGAGGCCAAGGUGGCGAAAGUUGAAAUCCCUAAGCCACAGCUCGAUGAAUUGCUGACUUCAAUGGUACUAGAGAAGGAAUUGGUGGAGGUGAAGAGCACUGGUAUGGGAGCCUUUUGUGGGAUUCGCGUUGGAGAAACAUGUUACAAGCUUCCAACUGCAGGACGAGGGGUGGCAAAGGGUUCGAUUACAGGUGCAUUUGCUUCGAUUCCUUGUGGUGCGUGUCCCAGGAUUGAUCUCUGCACACCCGAUGGGGUCAUCUCUCCCACUACUUGCGUCUAUUUCAAUCAGUGGGAUACAAUUGAUGAUCAUUGUUUCAGUCAAUAGGAGACAAAAAGCUUCCCAAUUAAAGAUCAAGUACCUCAAGACUUGCACUCUUGCAGCAAAAACAAGAACCAAGAUGCACUUAAUUAAUAUUCAGAAAUUAUCUUCUUCUUUCUUUUCCAAA